AUGACUAAAACCAAUGCUGAACGACAAAAACUUUAUCGUAUCAAUUUGUCAAAAGACAAAUCGAAACUAGAACUAGUGAAAGCAAAAGCUCGACGUCGUGAUAACGCAAGACGUAAAAAUUUAGAUGCAAGGUCACUGGAAAAUUUACGGCUUCGACAAAAGAAUGCAUCGAAGCGAUAUCGUGAAAAAUUGAAGUCCAAAGGUUUAACCAAUUCUCGAUCAUCUACUUACCAAUCCCGUCAAACGCUCGGUAAAGCAGUUCAACGCACNUCAAAAGACAAAUCGAAACUAGAACUAGUGAAAGCAAAAGCUCGACGUCGUGAUAACGCAAGACGUAAAAAUUUAGAUGCAAGGUCACUGGAAAAUUUACGGCUUCGACAAAAGAAUGCAUCGAAGCGAUAUCGUGAAAAAUUGAAGUCCAAAGGUUUAACCAAUUCUCGAUCAUCUACUUACCAAUCCCGUCAAACGCUCGGUAAAGCAGUUCAACGCACAUUAAAAGCAUUACCUAAAGAUCCAAAUAAGCGUCAUCAUGUUGUUCAUCACAUUGCUCAAUUAUUUGAUGUUAUUCCAAAAUCAACUGCUACAGCUAAACGAGAACAAAGAUCAUUAUCAAUCGAAACCAAACGAGCUGUUGAACAAUUCUACAAUCGUGAUGACAUUAGUUACCAAAUGCCUGGCAAGCGUGAUUGUGUUACAUUCAAUGAUGAUAAUGGCCAAAGAGUCACAGUGCAGAAGCGGAUUCUUUUAUGCAGCAUCCGUGAAACUUAUCAACUAUUUUUGGCAGAAAAUAAAGAUCCGAAUAUUAGUUUGUCAACAACUUCGUUUACUGAAUUACGACCAAUUCAUGUGUUACUUCAAUCCUCUUUGUGUCAUCGAAGUUGUCUAUGUUCGUACCACGAAAAUGUGAACUUAUUAUUAAAAUCUCUGUCGAAACAUGUCAAAUCUACGGAUUUAAAUUCAAUUCAGACAUUUUUAUCAGCUCCAGUAUGUAACGAACAAAAUGAAGAUUGCAUGUUCAGCCGUUGUUCAUCAUGUUCGAACAACUUCGACUUAAAAGUGUACCAAAAUAUUAUUGAUCCAAAUAAACAAAUUCAAUGGUCUCAAUGGACAUCGCAAAAUGGCUUUCCUACAAAGGAGGAAUUCACGGGUUCGGUUAAAAGGUGUGCAACAGUUUUAAAAGAACAAAUUGGAACGUUUUUGGCUCAUGUAUUCAUUAAACGGCAACAAUCAGCAUUUUUCGAAAACUUGAAAUCGAAUUUGGAUGAUCAAACAAUUUGUAUUCAGGUUGAUUUCAGUGAAAAUUUUCAUAUUGACGUUCAAGAUGCAAUACAAAGUUCGUUCUACUCGAAAGAUUCGGUAUCUUUAUUUACUUGUUACAUCUGGCAUUCAAAUGGUGGUCAAUCAUACGUCUGUGUUGCUGAUGAAUUGUCUCAUGAUAAAUAUCAUGUCAAUGCAGCUCUUGAACAUAUAUUUCAAAAGCUGAAAAGUCAAUUCUCAAAUUUGAAAGAAGUUCAUGUGUUUUCGGAUGGUGCUACUCAACAAUUCAAGCAACGUUUUUUGUUUCGAAACUUAUGUCGUUUGUCUGCCAAAUUCAAGAUUGAUUUGUCGUGGCACUUUUUUGCCACAACUCACGGCAAAGGUGUAGUUGACGGUAUCGGUGGUUCUCUCAAACGCCUCGUUUAUUUAGCAAUCUUAAGUGGACUGCAGUGUAAAUCAGCUGCCGAUUUUGUUAAAAUUGGUCGAUCAAAAACAGCGAUAAUUUCAAUCGAUGAAAUAGAACAACAUGAAAUUGAUGAUUCGAAAACUCAAUUGGAACAUAUUUUCAAAUCAGUUAAGCCAGUGCCAGAAACCAAAAAAAUACAUUCAAUCAAAGCUAUAGGUGACAAUAUAGUAGAGUACAAAUAUUAUUCUAAUAGUAAACAUUCGAAAAAAUAUCGUUUUUCCAUCUGA